UGGUAAUUAAUCAAGUGCGGUAAUUUAUUCGAAUUUUGAAAUUUCAACCUACAAUAAGUGGCAUUUGGGAAAGGGAAGAGUAAGGGGCAAAGUAUGAGGCACUUAAUUGAGAGAUUAAUAAGUUGAAAGGAUGUAUGAAGGUAAUAAUAGGUAUAACUAAUACCUAAUUGAGUGCCCCCACUCCAUUUGAAUGCCCCCUUUAAUAAAAUGCCUCUUUUGAAGGUGAUUGAAAAAUAGAAUGCCCGGUCAUUCCGUUAGAAGAAACUACGGUAUAUGUAUUAAAUGUACCUUGUUUCUUAACUACCCCUAAACCCUACAUUUUUUUAGGUUUGGAAUGUAAAAAAUAUAUUCUGGGAAGGCUUUCAUUGAAUCGCCACAAUGCCACAACUUCUAAAAAUUUCUAUUAUUUUUGUAUUACCUGUGUUUCUCAACUUUGUUACAAGCGGUAGUAGCGUUUUGCGUCCAAAACGAGGGUCUGAACAAUAUAGCUGGAUAACUGAGAGUGAAUCGACUGAAUCCGACGAAGAGAUGACUCCCUCUACAAUCUCUACCGAUGAUUUUGUUUUCGUAGGUGACAUGGUUUUCGAAAAGAAAAACAUAGAAGAUGAAGACUCGGAGGAGGAAGGCGUGCAAAAAAGCGUGAUUAAAGAUAAAAGCAUGAUUUGGCCUAAUAAGCAGAUGCCUAUACAUUUUCACUCAUCAGUUGGAAGAAGAGCUAGAAAAGCUGUCCAAACAGCUAUCAACAUUUUAGCAGACGCAACAUGCAUUUCUUUCCCAAAAUACGAUCCAAAUCUCCACAAAAAUUAUAUGACAAUAAAAUCUAGCGAAAACGGUUGCUGGACGUUUGUAGGCUUCAAAGAUACGCAGGAGCAUAACCAAAUUAACUUAGCAUCUGGUGUUGCCUUAUGUGAAUCUUCACCUGCUGCCAUACAUGAAAUAAUGCACAGUCUUGGAGUAUAUCAUGAACAGAAUAGGUAUGAUCGUGAUGAAUACAUUGAAGUUCUGUUUGAUAAUCUGAUGCCUAACGUUGUUUCACAGUAUCAAAAACAAAGCAAAGCGACUUUGGAGACUUAUGGAGAACCCUAUGAUUAUGGCUCAAUUAUGCAUUAUCAAGUGCGCGCAGGAACGAAGAAUGGGUUACCUGUGCACGCAGGAUCUAAGAAUGGCCAACCUGCUUUUCGAGUACUUAGGCAAUAUGAUGAGGCCUAUAUUGGCAACGCGAGAAUUCCCAGCCUUAUCGACCUUAGUAAACUCAACAAGCUCUAUGGAUGCCCUCAACCCGAGGAAGGCGAUUCGAGUUCUGGUGAGAUUAACGAUCCACGACCGCAAAAACGCCCACCGCCGCAUCACGUGCACGAUGACGAUUGUACUUGUGAAGAUUCUUAACGGCCCGUUAAUUUUUGUUCCACCCUUUUUCAACUAUCGAGUUGUUGCACAAAUCGUUAAGCGAAAAUAAAUUGAAAUUUUAUGUGUUAAUUUUUAUUUUUGCCUUAUACAUUAAGUAUUUUAUUUCUAUUUUCCAUUAAAUGAUUCAAAAAAAAAUUUUUAUGCUGUUUGUCUUAUGAUGAGUUAUAUUUUUAUUUGAACCGAUAGGAAAAGUGUAAUGGAAGGUUGUUGGAAAUUCUAAAUACCCUAAUAUUCAUCCCUAAUACCUCUAAUACCUCUAAUCUUCAUUAUGAAAAGUUCUAAUUUCUUCAAACUUUUCUCCACGACCCCUCUUCCCUCCAAGGCAUUUCCCCAAGCUAUUAUUUAUUUUAGAACUAUUCGAAAUUUCGUUUCGCGUUUCGAUUUCGUCUUUAUUUUUUCUGUAUGAAGUUUCGUUAACGUUUUCUAGGAUAAAUUAAAAGUCUAGCAAAGGAAGCCACAAAUUAAUUUGUUUAGACAAGUAAUUAGUUAAAUAGCCAUGUUCCCUUCGCACUACAUGUAGUCGGUAAGGAACAUAAUUUUUAAUUAAUUAGCUAAUUUAAUUAAAAAUAAAAUUAGUAUAAAAUAAAUUAUUGAUAAAUAUCCUCCCUUUUUACACUUUUAAUUUGUCCAUUCAGCCGUUAGAAAAAAAUUCAAGAAAUAUUCUAAAGGCCGUCAAAGAUUUAUUUAUUUAUCUCCAUUAAUCUCCCUCUCUCUCCCCCUCUCUCGCCUUAUUUGUCCAGCAAUUAUAUUUAAUUAUUUAAUGGUCAAAACAAAAAAAACGUACUUUUUCUUAUUCAAUUAUUGCCUUCCUCCCCUUCCUUCUAUAAAACUAAAAAUAAAAAUUCUCGCCGAUUCCCGCGGUGAUU